AUGAAAAUCUUAAAAUCGUUAUUUCGAAAUCCUGCUAUUCGCAUCGCAUUUCGUAGACGAGCGAGUACAACUCGAAUACCUUCUAGUUUUGCUAGUGGUCUUGUUGAAUUAUCUCAAUAUGUUACGGUAUCUGAAAUUAAAGCUCGGUUUUUAACAAGUGCAAAAAAUAUAAUUGAUCAAUUAACAAGUCCAACUUAUUUAAUAUUAAGCAAUAAAGGUUAUGUUUUACGUGCAGUCAUUGCCAAUGGAACACAGGGUCCAUACCCAGAUAAACCUUAUGAUAUAGCUACCGUAUUUGGUGAUUAUUAUUUAAUACAAACUAUAUUACGUUUAUUUAAACUUCAAUAA